GUCUGUCACGAUUAAAAACAGAGCUUCUCUGUUUCUUUCCUCUGCUAGACUGUUCAGUAGGGUUUCUGUUUGUCCCUCUCUCUCCCGCAAUAUAUAUUUCUAUAACAAGUAACCAUUUCUCUUACCAACUGGCUGAUAGAUUUGGAAAGAUAAGAGAUACUUUUCACGCUCAGAAAAGACUAUAGUGAUGGACACGUAUACUAUGCAUCUGGCCAUGGCGGCUCUGGUUGGAGCUUCAUUCGUUGCCAUAUCGGCGUAUUACAUGCACAAGAAAACCCUAACUCAGUUGCUUGAGUUCGCCAAGACUGUUGAGAGGGAGAGGGAGAGGGAAGAGAACUCUGAUGGGGACUCGCCGCAGCACUUGAAGAAACGACGCGGCCAUGGGAGGCGGAAGGGUAAUGGUUACUAUCGACGUGGCUCGGCUUCCUUGCCGGAUGUUACCACCAUUUCUGGUGGAAUUGACGCCGCGGAAGAUAGGCGUGCCAACGGACCGGUCCACGUCGAAGGGAUCCCUCCCGGUUUGCCGAGGCUCCACAUGCUGCGUGAAGGGAAAUCUGCUGGUCAUCCAAAUUCAGCAAAGAGAGCUGCAAGUCUUCUCAGAGGAACUUCUCCCAAAUCUCCUGUAGCUAGUGGUAGUGCCUUCGAGAGCAUAGAAGGGUCAGAUGAAGAAGAUAACAUGACUGAUAGUACUAAACUAGACACUUCAUAUCUGCAUACAAAUGGAAAUGCUGGUUCAAACUUACCAGAACACAUUAAUGCCAAUGGAGAGCAGAUGGCUAUUGCUGCUUCCAGCAUGAUUCGAUCACAUAGCGUGUCCGGUGAUCUGCAUGGUGUUCAGCCUGAUCCUAUUGCAGCUGAUAUUCUCCGGAAAGAGCCAGAGCAUGAAAUUUUUGCACGUCUUAAAAUUAGUCCCACUGAUAUGCCAUCUCCAGAUGAAGUUGAAGCCUACGUGGUUCUGCAAGAAUGCCUUGAAAUGCGGAAAAGAUAUGUCUUCAAAGAAGCAGUUGCUCCAUGGGAAAAAGAAGUUAUAUCAGACCCCAGUACUCCAAAGCCUAAUCCGGAGCCAUUUGCUUACAGUCCCGAGGGAAAAUCUGAUCACUAUUUUGAGAUGCAAGAUGGCGUCAUCCAUGUCUAUGCAAAUAAAGAUGCAAAACAAGAGCUUUUCCCUGUUGCCGAUGCUACAACCUUUUUCACUGACUUGCAUAAUAUACUUAGAGUUAUAGCAACAGGAAAUAUCAGAACUUUAUGUCAUCACCGGCUGGUUCUUCUGGAGCAAAAAUUCAAUCUUCAUUUGAUGCUUAAUGCGGAUAAGGAAUUUCUUGCUCAGAAAAGUGCACCACAUCGUGACUUCUAUAAUGUCCGAAAAGUUGAUACGCACGUUCACCACUCGGCGUGCAUGAACCAGAAACAUCUUCUAAGGUUUAUUAAGUCAAAGCUAAGGAAGGAACCGGAUGAGGUUGUAAUAUUUCGAGAUGGCACUUAUUUGACCCUGAGAGAAGUUUUUGAAAGCUUGGAUCUAACCGGGUAUGACCUGAAUGUCGACCUUUUGGAUGUUCAUGCAGACAAGAGUACUUUUCACCGGUUUGAUAAGUUCAAUCUCAAGUACAAUCCUUGUGGUCAAAGUAGGCUCAGGGAGAUCUUUCUUAAGCAGGAUAAUCUCAUUCAAGGCCGUUUCCUUGCUGAGUUGACGAAGCAAGUUUUCUCUGAUCUUGCAGCAAGUAAAUAUCAGAUGGCUGAAUACAGGAUAUCAAUCUAUGGUAGGAAGAUGAGUGAGUGGGACCAAAUGGCUAGUUGGAUUGUGAAUAAUGAAUUAUACAGUGAGAAUGUUGUCUGGUUAAUUCAGCUUCCACGUCUCUACAAUGUGUACAAGGAAAUGGGGAUAGUGACAUCCUUCCAAAACAUUCUUGACAAUAUAUUUAUUCCACUGUUUGAGGUUACUGUGGAUCCAGAUUCUCAUCCACAGCUGCAUGUUUUCUUGAAACAGGUUGUUGGAUUGGAUUUGGUUGAUGAUGAAAGCAAGCCAGAAAGGCGUCCAACAAAGCACAUGCCUACGCCUGCUCAAUGGACUAAUGUUUUCAAUCCUGCAUUUUCGUACUAUGCUUAUUAUUGCUAUGCUAAUCUCUACACAUUAAACAAGCUUCGUGAAUUGAAGGGUAUGACGACAAUAAAGUUCCGUCCGCAUUCUGGAGAGGCGGGGGAUAUUGACCACCUUGCUGCGACAUUUCUUACUGCUCAUAAUAUUGCACAUGGAAUAAAUUUGAGGAAGUCUCCUGUGCUUCAGUAUCUGUAUUAUUUGGCGCAGAUUGGAUUGGCUAUGUCUCCUCUGAGCAACAACUCGUUAUUUUUGGACUAUCAUCGGAACCCUUUUCCAAUUUUCUUCUUAAGGGGCCUUAACGUUUCCCUCUCUACAGAUGAUCCACUCCAAAUCCACUUAACAAAAGAACCUUUGGUGGAGGAAUAUAGUAUCGCUGCAUCUGUAUGGAAGUUGAGUUCUUGUGAUCUAUGUGAGAUUGCCCGUAAUUCAGUCUAUCAGUCUGGUUUCUCACAUGCUCUGAAGUCGCACUGGAUUGGGAAAGAGCACUACAAAAGAGGACCUGAUGGCAAUGAUAUUCGCAAAACAAAUGUGCCUCAUAUCAGGGUGGAAUUUCGUGAGACGAUCUGGAGAGAGGAGAUGCAACAGGUUUAUUUGGGCAAGGCCAUUUUACCAAAAGUUAUAGACAAGUGAUAAGCACAAUGGCUGCAUUUUAUCCUAUCUUAAAGAACUACUAUUACACCUUCUCCGGGGCAGUACAUUGUCGGAGCUAUCUCUAUACAUGUUGAUCAUGUGCAAUAACAAGAAGCAUGGAAACUGGAAAAUAUCUUUGCAAGAGUAACAAUAACGCGCCGAAGAGAAGCUGGGCAAGGAUUGGCCACGAACAGCUAAUGAGGAUCUGGCAUAUGGCUGCCUUAUACCUCAAGGUAGUAAAGUUAGAGUAAAAAGAAUAUUAGUAGCAGGUUGACGGCCUAGUGUCGAAGCAGAUCAACUAAGAUGGUAACGUUACAGAUAUACUGGGUCUAGCGUAAGGGUCUGCAUUAAUGAUAUAAAUGAAUGUUAGGGUUGUAGCUUAAAUAGUUGCAGUUGGUUAUUACUCCAUUCCAUAAGAUGUUAAAAUGACGUAACCUUGUUCAUGGCAAGACUCCACAAAAUUUUGACCAAGCCCUUCCUAAGAACAGUUUUAUCUUUGUUAAGAAGCAAUAAAACGUUAAUUUAACUUGAAGCUUUGAAAUAACAAUAUGAUUCCUUUUGUCGAA